CUUCCGUCAAGUUUGGAAAUCUCAGCCCGUCCACUUCCAGUCCAUCCUUCCUAGACUACGCAUCCUUCCUCCCUCUCGCACAGUCGACUUCUUCUUGCAACGUCUACAAUGUCACAGCCUGCAAAUGGACCUGGAGCUCCGAGGACGGGAGGAGCUAUUGGUGGCAAGCCACAGGGAAAUGAGUACAUUUGCGCAGGUCUUCGGUCGCUACCGGAUCCGUUCCCUGAACCAGACACUCACCCCGUUCUGCCUCUUACGAAUCCCUACGCCAGACUGUGCCGCCCUGAACGAAGUCAGGCCGCGAGAGCCGAUCCGAUGCAAGGAGUGUGGCCACCGAGUCCUCUACAAGCAGCGGACAAAGCGCAUGCUUCACUUUGAGGCAAGAUGAACUUCUCCCAGCGAUGUUGCGACAUCCCUCGACU